ACAGAACAGUUAACGAUCCCUCAACUACCAAAGAUAUCAAACAAAGUUAGUUUAAACAUGCUCAAAGCCUGAAAUGCAACAAAGUAGUUCAUGCAGGAAAUAAGCAUGCAGCACAAGCACUCCAACCCCACAAUCUAACCAGAAUAAAGCAAGGAAGUCUGAUUGCAGCAAGGAGCUAGUAUACAAGAUCUGAGCUCAUACCUCUUGCUACCACUUACCCCCAUGGCUUCCUUCCUUGCUCCUAGCCUGUUCAUUUCCCUCAUCAUAGUGUCAGCCUCCAACACCAUUGCUGCACCUUCCGCAUCAGUGGUGGUUAAUGGUGACAUCACCACCACUGUGCAGGAGAUGCAGCGAGCGCGCUACUUCACCUUCGUCAUGCUCAUCAGGAUGGUGCAGGAGAAGAUCCCACAGAACACCACCUUCCUGAUGCCCAACGACAGGAUGCUGUCAACCGCAUCAAUCCCGGAGAACCAAGUGCUGGAGUUCCUUUCAAGACAUUCCAUCCCGGCUCCGCUCAUGUUUGAUGACCUCAUCAGGCUUCCCAAUGGAACGACAGUUCCCACAGGCCAUUCAUGCCAGACGAUCACGAUAACCAACAUGGAGCACCAGAAGCUCUACUUCAACAAUGUUGAGCUCACCAGCCCUGACGUCUGCCAUGUAGGAGAUUUGUUCAGGUGCCAUGGAAUCAAUGGAGUUAUAAGGCCAAUAGUACCAAGGGGAAAAGGGACAGCUUGCCCUGGCCACGUUGUUCCAACAGCAGCACCUGCGCCAGCUUCAGUGGCAAACCAAUCCUUGGAAACAUCUUCGCUAACAUCAUCCAACAUGGGUUCUGCUUCUGCCACUAGUUCAAUGCAACCUGCAGCAGAAAGCCCUCAAAGUUCAGACACUUCAACAUCACAAAUUGCAUUCUCUUGUAUUAAACUAAUCCUAGUCUUAAUAUUUUCCAUUUUCUAAAUCUGACAGAUUGUUGUUCAAUGUGCAUCUCUAUUCCAGAAAUUUUAAUGCAUCCUAGUAGUGUUCUGUCUGGAUGUCUUGACACUUUUUUUCUGAUCGGUACAUUUUUGGUAUUUAGAGGAAAAGCUUCAUUACAGAGACACUAUAUUUCCCUUUUUUUGAAGGAUAGGAAAUAAAUAAUGGCAAGAAAUAAAUCAUCU